UUUCGGUAAAAAAUAUUAUUUGGAUUUGUCAAAACAAAUUUUGAAUUUUGGCCAAAUUUUAUUUAGAAAUUACAAUGAUUUGCAAUAAUUGAGUAGGUAUACAUACGCAAAAGAUAAGCAGACAGCAUUGUUCUAAUUGUGAUACAAAUGUUUGAAGUCAAACAAGUAGUACUUAUAUCUUCGAAUAAGUAAUAAAGAAGCAUGGAUGAAGACAAUCUUAGUAACUUAGUUCAAUUGAACGAUUUACCUGAUGAAUUGAUAGUACUAAUAUUUAAAUAUCUGGCGUUAGAGGAAAUUCUUACUUGUGAGAAUGUUUGCAAGAGGUGGAGAAAACUUGCCCGUGAUCCGUGUUUAUGGAGACAAUUUGCGUUCGUUUAUUCUGGUAAGCCAGGGCAGAGUGAAGUAAGUGAUAAAAAUUUGAUGAUCAUAAUAACCCAUAGUGAAAUUAUUUACAGUUUGAAAAUCCAAUAUGUUUAUAAUUAUUCGGUUAUAAAAGAUGUGAUUGAGAAAUGUAAUAAUUUAAUAUCAUUAGAAUUGGUUAUGUGUAGGAUUGGCAAAAUUUUUGAAGAAGAUAUUAAAAAAUGGCCUCAUCUGAGAAAACUAAGCAUGAAAAAUUCUAUUCAACUUUCAAGUAAUGUAGAUUGGAUGUUUCCUUUUAACCAACUCAAAGAACUAAAGUAUCUGGCUUUGUCUGACUUUGGCUUAACUCUCGCUAACUGUGAUUCUCUGUUGGAUUGUACCAAACUGUGCCACAUAUAUAUAGAGAAAAUCAGGGAUUUGGAUUUAGAAUUUAUUAAAAAAUUAAUUUCAUGUAAACAAGGUAAAUUGGAGACAUUGCAUAUAUAUGGAGGUGACUCUGUUGAUGACUGCUGUCUCAAUUUGUUGUCUAAGUGUUCUAAACUUAAGGAUUUAGCAAUAAUUAGAUGUGAAAACCUCACAGAUGAAGGUCUGAUAUCCUUAGUCAAUUUUAAGAAAUUACAACAUUUGCAAGUUUGGAACAAUAGUAAUUUUUCAGAAAUGAUUUUGUUAAAAGUUUUAGGAAGUUCUAAUUUAGUCACAUUGCAAAGUUUGAGCUUGUCAAGAAUCAAAAACAUUUCACCAGUUAUUGUAGAUAUUAUAUCAGAGUAUUAUAAGAACCUGAAGUUUUUAGCUUUGUACCAAUGUCCACGCAUUAUAAACACAGAUUAUGAAAAACAACUUAAAUCAAAAUUUAGAAAUAUUGAUGUUGUAUUAUAUUGAUUUAUAAAAUAUUUAAUUUUUAAGUUUUAUAUUUUAAGAUACAAGUGUGAUAGAUAAAGCAGUACAUAAUAAUAUAUUGUAAGGGUGUUAAUUUGUUUAUGAGCACAUAAUAAAUAUUGUAUAGCAGUUGCAAAUCUCCAUUUAAUUGCUUAUGGAAAUAUGUAUGAUUUUAUUGUUGAUUGUAUUAAUGUAGAAAUUAAGCCACAAUUAUAUCUUUUUAUUAUAAGAAGGAAUAACCAAAGUUUUUUCUUAUAGAACAAGUUUCUGUGUAUUUGUAGAUCUACAGACAAACUAAAUAUAUUUUGAUGUAUUGUACCUGAAUAUUUGUCGAAGAUAGCUAUAGAUUUGAUAAUAAAUAAAUAUUAUAAAAUAAAA